UUCAUGUUUUCUUUUUAACAAUUCAAGAGAAAGAGAGAGAAACAAAAAAAAAAUGUUGUCUCACUUACUGAAACCCAUUAAAGCUGUUCUUAGAGGAGAGCUUCAAAAGUUCAUCCAUAAAGAUUUUCAUGAAGUUGUUCAAAGGAUGACUGUCAUUGAUACUUUUCUGUUCUUGAUUAUACAUUUUAUUGAUAAAUUAGGAGUCUGGCAUAAACUUCCAGUGAUCUUGGGGCUACUUUAUCUAGCAGUUCGUCGACAUCUUCAUCAAGAAUAUAACUUGUUCAAUGUCGGGAGAACUCCAGUCGGAGUUCGGUUCAACCCGAUGGAUUUUCCAUAUCGAACCGCCGAUGGCAAGUACAACGAUCCCUUCAAUGAAGGCGCUGGUGCCCAAGGAACUUUCUUUGGCAGAAACAUCCAUCCUGUUGAUCAAUCCAAAAUGUUGUUGAAGCCGGAUCCUAUGGUGGUUGCUACAAAGCUUCUAACAAGAAGAAAACUUAUAGAUACUGGAAAGCAAUUCAACAUGAUUGCUGCUUCUUGGAUUCAAUUCAUGAUUCAUGAUUGGAUUGAUCAUUUGGAGGAUACCAAACAGGUUGACUUGGUGGCUCCACGUGAAGUUGCAAGUGAGUGCCCAUUGAAAUCCUUCAAAUUUUUCAAGACAAAACAAGUUUCCACCGGCUUUUUUGAAAACAAAACCGGAUCUAUUAACGUUCGAACACCUUGGUGGGAUGGAAGUGUUUUGUACGGAAGCAAUGCAGAGAAGUUGGGGAAGGUGAGAACUUAUAAAGAUGGGAAGCUAAAGAUUGCCGAUGACGGUCUUCUUCUUCACGAUAACGAUGGCGUUGCCAUCUCCGGCGAUGUUCGAAAUAGUUGGGCUGGUGUCUCUACUUUGCAGGCUCUCUUCAUUAAGGAACAUAAUGCCAUUUGUGAUGCCUUGAAGAAGGCAGAUGAAGAUCUAGAGGAUGAAGAUUUGUAUAGAUAUGCUAGACUUGUGACUUCUGCUGUGAUUGCUAAAGUUCAUACUAUUGAUUGGACGGUUGAACUUCUCAAGACUGAUACUUUACUUGCUGGAAUGAGAGGCAAUUGGUAUGGAUUGUUGGGAAAGAAAUUCAAAGACACAUUUGGACACGUUGGAGGAGCCAUUUUGGGGGGUUUAGUGGGUUUGAAAAAACCAGAUAAUCAUGGUGUCCCAUAUUCUUUGACAGAAGAAUUUGCUAGUGUCUAUCGUAUGCACUCACUCCUACCUGAUGAUUUCUACCUUAGGGACGUCUCUGUCGAUCCCAAUCACAAUAAGUCUCCACCAUUGAUUGAGAAAGUGCCAAUGGGUAAUAUGAUAGGGCACAAAGGAGAAGAGGCCUCAAAGGAGAUGGGCUUUACAGCCCUAUUAGUUUCAAUGGGCCACCAAUCCAGUGGAGCCCUAGAGCUGUGGAACUAUCCAGUAUGGCUCAGGGAUCUCAUAGCCCAUGACAUGGACGGCAAGGAUAGGCCAGAUCAUGUUGACCUUGCUGCUCUGGAAGUUUAUAGGGAUAGAGAGAGGAGAGUUGCUAGGUACAAUGACUUCCGCAGGGGAUUAUUUCUCAUUCCGAUCUCCAAGUGGGAAGAUCUAACGGACAACAAAGAGGCGAUUGAAGUGCUUCGUGACGUGUACGGCGAUGAUGUGGAGGAGCUUGAUAUUCUGGUGGGGUUGAUGGCAGAGAAGAAAAUCAAAGGCUUUGCCAUUAGUGAGACCGCUUUUGUCAUUUUCUUGCUCAUGGCUUCAAGGAGGCUAGAGGCAGAUAGGUUCUUCACAAGCCAUUUCAAUGAAGAAACAUACACAAAGAAGGGAUUGGAAUGGGUAAACACAACAGAGAGUUUGAAAGAUGUUAUAGAAAGGCAUCAUCCAGAGAUUUCAAACAAAUGGAUGAAUUCAUCAAGUGCUUUCUCUGUUUGGGAUUCUCCUCCAAACAAGCCUAAUCCUAUUCCUAUUUAUCUUCGUCUUCCUCAUUAAUUCUUUUUUUUUUUCCUUUCCACCCUUAUUCAUGGUCGUGUAUUGUUGUCUUAUUUUCUUUUCUUUUCUUUUUCUUUCAUAUUUUAAUGUGAAAUUUGUAUUUUGAUUCUCAUAUUUUGAAAAUAAAAAAGACCGUUGUUCUUAUUUUUCAUUAUA